AUUCUUUCUUCUGAUACAUUAGGACUUUAAGAGUACCUCUCGUAAAAAGGAUAUCUAAUAAUUUUUAUCUUACCUUUUUACAAAAAAAAAAUAUAUACGCCAUAAUUUUGAACUUGUAUAAAAAUAAAAUCAUUAAAAUAUGUAUUUCACAAAUACACGAAUUAAUGAAUUAUACACCCAAACAAACAAACAAAUAUAUCUCAAUUCACAAAAGACCUUUUCUUUCAUUAGAACUCUUUAUCACUUUUUUAUACUUGUAUUUUAUAAUUUACCAAUUUUUUAAAAUAAAAAUUAAAAAAAAAAAAAAACGUGGGGAACGUAGAAUUGUAGAAAAGGGCAAUUAACAGAUUUCCCAACAUUGUGUUUGUAUUUUAUUUUGUUUGGUUACCCAAAAUUUCUUAAACUUCUCCUUCUUUCUUCUUCUUCCUUUUCUCUCUCAAAAAAAAUCAUACACUGAGAUACACACAAAGAUUAAAUCACACGUAUUUGCACCAAAUUCAGCCACCUGCCCUUUUCGCGUUUUCCCUCAAUUUUCUCUCUCUUCCUUCUUCUUCUUUUUUUUUUCUACCUAUAUUAUUCAACAAAUCAAAAAAGUUUGAUCUAUUUAUUAAUUUAUUUUUCAACAGAAACAAAAAAACUAUAUAACUGAAAAAACCCAGAAAAGUUGUGAAGAAAGAUUAAACCUUUAAUGGAUAGUCUUUGUGUGAGAUCUGGGCUUCAUGGUUUGGGCUCAACAAUCACAUUGAAUAAUGGGCUUGAUGUUUUUCGGCCCAGCCCAUCAAUAUCUUCCGUCGGGAGGUCACCGACGGCGGCGACGAAUGCAAUAUCAGUCGAUAAAACGGCGUCGUCUUCAUCUUCAUCUUCAAAGUUUGCAGCUUUUAAUUACCCUUUUAGAUCUCUGUUUUUUGGAGGAGAGAGAAAACAGAGGUCUAAAGGUGUUGCCUUGGACGACGCCGUUUUAAUGGAGGAAGAAGAUGUUGUGGGAAGCAGUAGUAGUAGUGGUGGUGGUGUGGUGGGGCCCUCUGAUUUAGAAGGGCAAAAUGGUAAUUGGGUAUUGAAGAUCCUCCAUGUUAGGUCUCUGUGGUCUUCUCCAGAGAAGCAAGGAAAGGGUGACGUGGAGGAGAGAGAAAAUGAGGAAGAAGGGCAAAAUGGGAAUUUCACUUGUUCAAAGUCGGAUGAAGGGUGUAAAGCAUGUUAUAGUGAUGAAGAUGAUAAUGAUGAUGAUGAAAAGAAUGUAGAAUUUGAUAGAAAUUCAUUUUCUAAGAUGUUAAAAAAGGUUUCUCUGAGUGAAGCUAAGUUAUAUGCUCAAAUGUCUUAUUUGGGGAGCUUGGCUUAUUGUAUUCCUAGCGUCAAGCCGAGAAAUCUUUUGAAGCGCUAUAGUCUACGUUAUGUAACUUCUUCAAUCGAAAAGAGGAAAUUGUUAGCUGAGGCUGAAAAGAAAGAACAGUUAGCCAAUUCUGAAGCCAAGCAACAAUCUGGUGAAGCUGAAAGCAAGGACAACUGUCAAGAGGAGGCAGGGCAAAGUGAUUAUCAAAAGAAAGAAGAAUCUCGAGUGAGAGAAUUGGCUGCUUUUCAGGUUGCUGCCUCUGCUGCUUCAUUUUUGCAUUCUCGGACUAGAACUUUGCUUUCUUCUCGGUCCUCAAAGGACAAAGUGGAUGGCCACCCAUUGAACAAAGAUAGUGGAAAUGAUGAAAAUCUAGACAUUAACUCGGAUAUGGCUUCUCUAAUGGCCACCACAGACUCAGUAACUGCUGUGGUUGCUGCAAAAGAGGAAGUUAAGCAGGCUGUUGCCGAUGAUUUGAAUUCAAUAAGCUCUGCACCGUGUGAGUGGUACAUUUGUGAUGAUGAUAAGAGUGCUACUAGAUUUUUCGUCAUUCAGGGGUCUGAGACGCUAGCUUCUUGGCAGGCUAAUCUACUCUUUGAACCCGUUCAAUUUGAGGGUCUAGAUGUUCUUGUGCAUAGAGGCAUAUACGAAGCUGCAAAGGGCAUGUAUCAGCAAAUGUUGCCUGAGGUUCAAUCCUAUAUGAAAACACAUGGCAGCCGUGCCAAAUUCCGCUUCACAGGACAUUCACUUGGUGGAAGCUUGUCACUGCUCAUUAAUCUCAUGCUGCUGAUGCGAGGUGAGGUUCCAUAUGCCUCGCUUCUUCCUGUCAUCACGUUUGGCUCUCCUGGUGUCAUGUGUGGAGGGGAUAAGCUGCUCCGCAAGCUUGGAUUGCCCAAGAAUCAUAUUCAGGCUAUUGUGAUGCACCGUGACAUUGUGCCCCGAGCUUUCUCUUGCAAUUACCCUAGGGCUGCUGCACAACUACUCAAGGCUGUCAAUGGAAGCUUCCGCAACCAUCCUUGCCUGAAUAACCAGAAGCUACUCUAUGCACCUAUGGGGGAGAUGUUGGUUUUACAGCCGGAUGAAAAGUUCUCUCCACAGCAUGACCUACUUCCUCCGGGAAGCGGUCUAUACCUUCUAACUUACAAGGUUGGUGAUGCCAUCGAGGGAGAAAAGAAACUUCGGGCUGCAAAGAACGCAUUCUUAAACAUACCCCACCCACUCGAGAUCUUAAGUGACCGCUCAGCAUAUGGAAAUGACGGUACUAUCCAAAGAGAUCAUGACAUGAACUCUUACCUGAAGUGUGUAAGGGGUGUGAUCCGCCUAGAGCUCAGCCGCAUCAGGAAGGCCAAGAGGGAGCGACGUCGUCAGGUGUGGUGGCCUCUAGUGACACCACACGUUGCCAACAGAAGUAUCACCGUGGGAACCACAUUGGGUCUGAUCAAUGUAGGUCAGGCCAAAUUCAAGUUUGCCGGGAUUGUCAAGUCCGGGAGAGAGUCGUUGAAACGGUUUAGCAGGCUUGUUGCAUCACAGCAUAUGCAUUUGCUUGUUAUGCUCUUGUUUCCUGCAAGAAUGCUGCUGAUUGGCGCGUACAGUGUGAUUAAUUACAGUUAAUUUGGCAAACUGUUUGAUAAUUCAUUUGGAUGAAAUGUACAGAAGGUGGUGGCUCCCAAAAUUAGUUGGGAAAUUCUUUAUUCAUUGAGAUAUAGAAGCUCUGCAUGAUUUUUCAUCCGUGAAGAGCAAUAGGCAAUUCUUGUCGCAUUAGAUAAAUACUAAAAUGUCGAAAACCGACAUAUUAUUGUAGUUUUAUUUUUAUUUUCCUCUUUAAGAUGUAAUUGUUGUAAACAUAUUGAACUGUAGUCAUAAACAUGUGAUUUUAAACUAAAAUCAUUAUACAAGAUGUCAUAAUCAUAUACUUGAAUUUGAAAUUUUCUU